AUGACUAAGAGAGCUUUGGAACGAACAUUACCUAGAUCAGAUGCAAAGGAUCCUUCAACUCGAACAGCCCCUGUUCAAACUCUGCCAGAUUGGGCAAUAAUCAAUCGCUGUCAAACKGAGGCAAAUGAAAGUCAAGAAAYGCAUCCAGACCAAGAACUCUUAUCAGAACAAGAAGUAAUCUCUGAUCAAGAAAUGCUUUCCGACUCAGAAAUUGAUGAGGAAGUCAACAGAGUAUUGGAAUGUGGUGACAGUGACCAUGAUUUACCUAUGGAAGGUGAACCUAUAUCCUCUCCCAAAGGGAAGGACGGAGAAGUAGAUGAUGUGGAAAAUAUUAACCAAAGAUUGGAYAUAGAUGGAAAAAACUGCAGAGAAGAACCAAAAGCUAUUGUCUUUUCAUCAAAAUUGCUUCUCCUAUUCCAAUUUUGCAACAUCUGUCGCCACCCAAAGCCUUCCAUCACUACCAGACAGUCUGGGACGAUGAUAAUUGUGGAGACAAAAUGCCYUAAUUGUCUAGAGUGCACCAUGUGGACAAGUCAGCCACUACUGCUUGGAAGGUUUCCUGCCGGGAACGUUUUACUAAGUUUUGGGAUAUUAUGUGCUGGAGCUUCAGUAAAGAAAGUUUUAUUGGUACUGAGGCAUAUCAACGUCCUUGUGUAUAAUGAGUGCACCUAUUACUACCACCAAAAGAAUCUGCUGAUCCCUGCUAUUGUCAGCUUCUGGAGAAAGUACCAGGCACGUCUGCUAGAACAACUAAAUGGGGUGGCUGUUACACUCGCUGGGGAUGGCCGUCAUGAUAGUAUGGGGCAUUCAGCAAAGUAUAGCACAUACACCAUAUUUUGCUGUACAAUAGGCCUCAUAAUCAACAUAAUAUUAGUUCAGGCAAAUGAAGUUGGCAGUAGCACAGAAAUGGAAUUUGCUGGCCAUGAAAGAUCCAUCCUUUUUCUCCUCACCACCGGAAUUGUUAUCAAGCAAUAUGUAACAGACAGACACUCCGUAAUAACCAAAUGGAUGAAAGAGCAGUGCCCCCAAAUAUGCCAACAGCUGGCGAAACCCAAAAUUGACCACUUUUUUGACCUCUGGCAUAUUGCUAAGAGUAAGUUACAAUGA